AUGUUGCAUCCGGCUAGUGUAGGCAGAAUCCCGUUCGACGCGCCCAAUGCCGGCAAGCCGGCUGAGACCUGGUACAAGAUCGUGGGUAGCCUGGACUCCCUGACGCCCCCGCUCAUCGCCCUGCAUGGCGGACCCGGCGCCGGCCACCGCUACCUCACCUCGCUGGUAGACCUGUACGACAAGUACAAGAUCCCCAUCAUCUUCUACGAUCAGAUCGGCUGCGGCAACUCGACGCACUUCCGCGAGAAGCCGGGCGACACGACCUUCUGGACCUUCGAGCUGUUCUGCGCCGAGCUCGACAACCUCGUCGACCACUUCGGUCUGCGCGAGAAGGGCUUCUACCUCCUGGGCCAGAGCUGGGGCGGCAUGCUGGCGGGCGCGUACGCGGCCCGCUCGGGCGCCGUGGGCCUGAAGAAGCUGGUCAUCUCCAGCGGCCCCGCCAGCAUGCCGCUGUUCGCCAAGGGCCUGCGCAGGCUGCUGGCCCAGCUGCCCGAGGACGUGCGCACGGUGAUCGAGGACUGCGAGCGCCGCGGCGACUACGAGAGUCCGGAGUUCGAGAAGGCCGCGGCCGUCUUCUACGCCCGCCACGUCUGCCGCCUGGAUCCCUACCCCGACGCUGUCGCGAAUGCGUUUGAGAACCUCAAGGACGACCCGACGGUGUACCACACUAUGCAAGGCCCGUCCGAAUUCAUCGUCGUCGGCUCCUUCAAGGACUGGGAGGGCUGGAAGGAUGCGCACAAGAUCCAGGUGGAGACGCUACUGCUGAACGGACGGUACGACGAGGUGACGGAUCUCACAGUGGACCCAUGGUUCCAAACAAUUCCUCGCGUCCGCUGGGUUACGCUGGAGAACUCGAGCCACAUGAGCCACUGGGAGGACCGGGAACGGUUUAUGGAGGUGGUUGGAAGCUUCCUUGCAGGCCCUGCGCUCGAGGGAUAA